GCCCCGGGUGCGGCGGAGCCUCCCCCUAACUCGAAUGUUUCCAGCGCCGCACCACGGCGGGGCCCGGGACCGGCCCGGGACAGGAGCGGCGGGGCCAGGCGCGGGGGGACCGCGGCCACCACGAGCCCCGUGACCUUGCCGCGGCCACCGAGGGCCGCCAGCGGUCGCCACCAACUUCUCAGCGGCGGCAGCAGCAGCGCAAUUUGGCAGCCGCCGGCUGCUCGCCUCGGGCAGGAGCGGGAGGGCGGCCCGCGUUCCCCUGCUGGCGAAGCCACAAAAAAAAAAAAAAAAAAAAAAAAAAAAAAAAAAAGCGGGGAAAAAGAAAAGGGAGGAGGAAGGCAGAGGAACGACAGAACGACAGACAGACGGCGGCCGGCUCCAGAUGUUGCUAUGAGGAAAGGCAUCAGCAAUGACUGAUGUGGAGCCCCUGGUCACAGAUUUUGCAGCAUCAGGAAGGUCAGGCCGCCGGAAUGCCUUGCCAGAUAUCCUGGGCUCUCCUGCUGGUGCUGGGACUUCAGACCUGCCACACAAACUGGCUGAGCUCUCCGUUUCAGAAGAUGAAGGAGCAGAAGGCGGAGAAGUACCAUCAUCCAAAGCCUUGCUGGAAAGUCAAGAGGCAGAGGGAAAGAGCAGUGAUUCCUAACACUUAAGGACUGCUGGAGUAGUGAAACUCAGCAACAGACUUUAUAGAGUUUCCCGUUUCCCUGUGUUGUUACCUGUUCGGAAGUGUGGUAGCUACUGCAGCAGCGCAGACAAGACUUUUGCAACACCCUUGUAUCUAGGUGGCAUUAAGAUGGAACUACUUUUUUUUUUCUUUCUUUCUUUCUUUCUACUGUAGUCCAUCAGAAACAAUGUUCUACACAUCCCAACGGGAAGAGAACUAAAGAAUGUAUCUGUUGUUCUGAGUUUUUUAAUGGUUAUUGUAUUCAUCCUAACUAAUCUUCUUUGACAGUUUCAAUGAAUAUAAAUAGCAGAUGUACCAAGUAAUGAUCUCUUUAAAAUAAAAGACCUAUUUCUUAAUUUUCCAAAAUAGCUUCUUUCUCUCUGACACAAAGGUGUAUUUAUUCUUCCCACCUUAAGAUGAUAAUAAGUAUGUAUUAGGUUACAGACUUAAUCUGCAGUUCAUCUUCAGAGAUUUUUGUUCUCAUUAAGGAUAUGUAGAUGAAUGUGAAAAAAAUAUAUAUGUACAUAUAUAUUUUUCUCUCUUUCUCCUGACUUCAAAGCAUUUUGUAUACCACAUAAACCACCAGUGUUUAUUUUUAAACUCUCUUUAAACUCUAUGUGAUUAUGGCAGAUAAUUUCACAUAUCCCACUCCCAGCAGUCUUGCUACUUCUGUCAUUUCUGUUUUCAGGCUUAAUAUUGUAGCUAUUCAUGUGUAUCAGAAAUAAAAUAGCCAUGUUUGUAAGUGAUUAAAACUGUUUGAUCUUACUAUGGAAAUUAAAUAGCUAUUAUGUUUUCUGUCUUCA